AUGGCCACCUACGAGUACCGUCCCACAUAUCACCACCCUGAAGUGAAGGGAGGUGGUCAGGUCCCAACGCCACGAAGCAAUGGGUUUAACAGUUUCUCAGACUCAAUAGAGAUCCUGGAUACCGAUUUUGACUCAGACUCACAAUCGGAGUUUGAUGACUAUUCCUCGCACAGAAGUAAUCGCUCGCUUGGAACUUCGAGUAUAACUACCGCGUCUACACCAGACGAUUUUGAGAUCAAGACCCCUACCUCCACGGGGUUAACUGCAUUUGACUUCCACGUCGAGGAGAACCCUGUCGCUGGUCCCAGAGGGCCACAUCUUUUCGACUUUUCGGAUGGCUUCGUCAAGAAGUCAAGCGUAGAAGCAAAUCUUUUGUACAGCAAAACACCAAUCAGUGCGACCACAGCUUUCUAUUCAUCCGCAUCCAAGCUCGGUCCUGACAGGAGAGAUACCCCUGUUCCUGCCCGGUACGAAAAGCCCCAACAGCAAAACCACCAAAGACAAACGCCACUCAACAAUGCUACAUCACGCCCCCAGGAGAAGGAUGUCGAAAGCUGGGAUCCACAGGAUGUUGCCAUAUGGAUGCGAAAGCUCAACGUGGAUGAAGGCACUGUCAACGAGUUCAUCAGCAAUGACAUCUCAGGCUCUAUUCUUCUUGAGAUGGAGCAUGAAAUCUUGAGAGAUCACCUUGGAAUGAAAUCUUUUGGCAAAAGGCAUGGAUUAAUGAACUCAAUCCGGCAGCUGCGCAUCAGUAAUGCAUCUUCAUACAAAGACCUCCCUCCUGUUCCACCACCAGAGCCGGUUUUGCGCGAAGCAACGCCACAGUCUGCAAUGGCAGAAGUUGGUGUCAACUGCACUCCAUCUCCAGUGGCAGCUGAAAAAGACCCCCUUCAAAAGUACAGGGAAUUCCAGCUGCAGCACCAGCGACAGAACCAGCAUCGAGGGCGAGUCGUCGGGCCUAAUGACUCGGUCUCCAUCGUUGCCAUUGAGGAGCUUUUGCCUCGGGUUGAUCACAGAUGUCCUAGAGGAGAGGACUGUGGAAAAUGGCAGAGACAGUACAACAGAUAUUUGCAAGCGACCAAGGGUAUUCCAGCUGAAUUAUUGGGAAGUUCAGUUGUUAUCACUGGUGACCCUGGAAACCCUGCUACUGCACGCAAUCUGGCCAAGUCAUCAAAGUCAGACUCAAAGUCCGAUGUCACCCCAUCAAUUGUUGCUUCCUCUGAUGCUAUGGGUCCUGCGCAGCCUCAGGACCUUCCUCUCUCACAAGAAAAGCUCCAUGAAGUUGAGCCCAGAGAUCCUCAAGAAAAUGUACGCAAUUUCCUUAACUUUCAGCGUUUGAGCCGGCUGAGGCCAGUUGAAGAUCCUACAACUCCUCCUCGCGACACAUUUCCUUCCCCAGAGUCCGUUUCCCCUGGGACUCUGGCUGAGAACCUGCGAAGUCUUCCAAAGCUUCGUAUCCCCAGUAUCCAUACCACAAUGGCAGAAUCUGCUCUUUCGGGGCAGCGAACUAUCACGCCUUCCGUUGUUAGAAAAAGACAACCUUACAAAAACACCAUCUCUGAUACCUCGGCUGUGACAUACGACUCGGCUUUCUCCCCUGCUGAUUAUUACCGCGAUGACCCCCAUUAUGGACAGUCAACCCCCUUUUCCGAGGUUGAUGUUCCUCUGACAGCCAUUCAAGUGGGCCCAAUCGAGAGAAGCUUUUCUCAAUCAGUCCCACCUGACAUGCGAUUUGGUUCGUGUGGAGUUCCAAAUGCGAUUAUUUCUCGUCCGGUGUCUACUAAGGUUGAGAGCCACCGCAAAAAACCGUCUUUCAGCUCAUACAAUCCCCCAACUUUAAGUCGCCUCGAAGAAGGCAGGACUCUGGCCCCGAUUGAGACACCAGAGGAUUUAGAACGGACUCCUCGUGCAGCUCAUCACCGUGUUGAUCCUUUUGACCCUUCGGGGCAGUUCAAAGACGACAUCAUUCACAGUGGCUGGAUGAAGAAACGCAAGAACACCCGGUUCUUGCGCCAUGAGUGGCAGGAUCAUCAUUUCGCCUUGCGAGGCACACAGCUUGCCAUGUAUGACGAUGAAGAGAGUACUCAACAAGCUGCCAAAGCCCUUGAGUACAUCGAUGUUGACGACUAUGCUGUCGCUUGCUCUUCCCUUGCUUCUAGCUCCAAGUUAACCGCUGCGUUCAAAAAGACCGUUCUGAAACGCACAGAUGACACUCGGGGAGACACAGCUUUUGCAUUCUCGUUGAUUGCAUCGCCUAAUAGCUCCACCUUUGACCGCAAGGCAAUUUUCAACAGUACCAACAAGUCCCACCACUUUGCUGUCAAGACCCGGGACGAGCGAAUUGACUGGAUGCGAGAGCUGAUGCUCGCAAAGGCCCUCCGAAGAGGCCGCGAGAGCGGUGCUUCUCUUAAUGUGAAUGGCAACGCUAUCUAG